AUGAACUUUGGUUUUAGAUUUAAAUAAACUAAACCCAUUAAAUUUCCCUUAAGUUAGGUAAUAUCAAUUAAUAUUCCAAAAAGAAUUAAUUGCUAAUAUAAAUUGAGGAAUAAAGAAAGAAGAUAUGUGAUUUUCGUUGGUAAGAUUGUAGCAAAGGAGAUGUGGAUGCAUGUCUUUAACUUGAAAAUUUACUCACUCAAUACAUUCUGUUCUUGGAUUAAGUAAUUGAAUAAUAACUUAAAGUUGAUAUUACAUUCUAAUGGAAUGAUUCUUAUGAACCUGUAAUUAAGAUAGAAUAUUUUAGAAUAAAUUUACUCAAUCCAAUCAAUGGCAUUAUGAAUAUUCUUGUUAGAUGUACAAUCUUGGACUUGUAUAUUAUCAUUUAGGAUAAAACAUUCCAACAAUCAAAGAUGCAAUUAGUAAGAGUCGUAAUUCUUAAUGGUGCUUCUAGAGACUAUCUGAAAUUAUAGCAUUUGUCAAUUCAAGAACCAUUCACUAACAUUCUGAUCUAUCCUUUGUUCAUAUACAUAUGCAUAAUUGUUAUGUAAUUAUUCCCCUUUUAUUACUAGGCUGGUGCCUAUGGAUAUAAAAAAUUAUUUGAGCAUUUCUAAAAUAAUAAAAAUCCUGAUGACUAAUUGAUUGCAUUAGGAUUAUUGUAGGAAUCAUCUAAAUUGUAUGAAUAAACCAUAAGAUGUUUGACAUAAACAAAAUAAAGUAAUAAGAAACCUAUUCCACCAAUUAUAUACAAUUAAUUACUUGAAUAAUUUUCAUCUGAUCAAGUUACAACCAUUGUUAUUACAAAUCUAGAAUUGGCUAAAUUUAUGGCUUCUACUGCUAAAGAAAUUCCAAAAGAAUAAAGAAUGGGAAAAGCUAUAACGUAUUUAAAUAAGGCUGAACAACCUAUUACAGAACUAUUCAAAAAAUUUAAACUAAAAAAUGAAUUUCUAUAAUUGAAAUUAUCUCAAAUUCAAGCACUUAAAAAAGAGUAUCUAUAUCUUAAUGAAAAUGCAUUUAAACACCCAAUAGCAAAAGAAUAUGAGUUAUUAGAAUUACCUGUUAAAAAAGAUCUAAUUUAACCAAAAGCUCCAGAUUCAUUGGAUAACACAAAAAAAUCAUAAUAAUAAUAGUUUGUAAUAGAAAGUUAACAAUUAAUUUAAUAAAUAAAUUCUAAUAAAAGUUAAGCUUAAUAAAAAUUUUUAGAUUUACAAAAUAAUUUUAAUUCUAUUUAUGCUUAAUACAAUAUUCAAUUUAUGAUUGAUUCUUUUCAAAAUGCUGAAUCUUUAAAAUUAACUCCAUCAAUUUAAUAAAAAGUUCAAUUUAUAAAGGAUAGAGGAGGAUGGAAAGGAUGUUAAAAUUAGAUUUAAAAGAUCCAUCAAUUAUAAUAGGAAUAAGGGAAGAAAUUGAUAAAUAUAAAAAAUCAGUUGGAUUUAUAAUCAAUGCCAUAAGAAUAUCAAGGACAUUGGUUAUUAUAAUAAUAGAUAGAGAGUUUCAGAAGAAUGGUUGAAGGUAAUAAAUGUUAUUAAAAUAAUUAGAUUUAUAGAAAAAGCUAAUAGAGGCUAGUGUAAUAAAUAGAACAACUGAGGAAUAGAUAAAGGGGAUAAAAGAUCAAUUGUUAUUUAUUGAAUAGAAUAGUGAAUAAAUGAUAGCCAGUAAAAUGUAGACAUCUUUGUAGGAGUCUUAAAAUUUCUAUAGGAAGAAUUUGACAACAUUAAAGAAGUUAUCUGUGUCUGUAGAAAGUAUAAUGAAUAGAAUGGACUUAAUAAAGAUUUAGUUAGCGAAUUUAGAAAAAUACAUUGAUGAUUUAGGAUUAGGUUAGAGUACAAACUAAUCAAUUGAACAAAAUAUUCUAAUACAAGCUACAAAGAUAAUUUAGAUAAAAAUGACAGAAUAUGAUGCUAUUGUAUAAAUAAUAUUAAUUGUUAGUUUAAUUCAAUAAAUCUAAAUGAUUUGGAGAAGAUAGCAUCAGAAUUGGAAGACAAAUAAUUAUUCUUAAUGAUAGCUAAUUAAGGAGAGUAAGAUUUUGAAAAUCAAUUGAAAAUGAUUCAAGAAGCAUUUUACAAUUUAGAGUAUGCUUAACAAUUUUAUGAGUAUGAAUAAUAAGAUUAAAUUUUAGUGCUAUUUCAUAGUAGGUUUCUUAAGUUGCUAAUUUACUUAAUGAUCUUAUAAAUAAAAGGGAUUGA